UACGCUUGCGAACCUCCUUUGAUAAACGCUGAAACGCAGCAGCCGUUAAACUGUAAUGAAGACAACUCUGUUACCGUCACUUGUAAAGUAGCGAAUGGUGUACAGUGUCGUGGAUUGCUCAACGGAACGCGAUAUUUUCAAUUAACCGUGAGUAUUUUUUUGGAGAAAUUAAUCAGUCUCAUGCAUAUAUGUUAA